GCUCGCGCGGAGUCUCCGGCAGAUCUGAGCCGCUUCUCCCGCGCGCCGCCACGCAGCCAUGCUCCCGCAGGACACCGCAGAGCAGCAGAAGUGUCGCCGCGUGUCGGACCCGGUGUGCGGGCCGGAGCUCGGCCCCGCGCCGCCGCCGCCGCCGCCCAGGCGCGCCAGGAACCGGGACAAGCGGCGGCGCUCCGGGUCGGCGCCGGAGCGGCGGGUGAGCUGCGUCCUGGUGGGGGACGCCGCGGUGGGGAAGACCAGCCUGGUGCUCAGCUACACCACCAACGGCUUCCCGGCGGACUACGUCCCCACGGCGCUGGACAACUUCACAGUGAUGGUGGCGGUGGACGGGAAGCCGGUGAGGCUGCAGCUCUGCGACACGGCUGGACAGGACGAUCUGGACCGCCUGGGCCCGCUGGUCUACCGGACCGCCGACGUCUUCCUGCUGGUCUACAGCGUGGUGCGGCCCGCCUCGCUCCAGAACCUGGCCCGCCGCUGGGUCCCGGAGAUCCGGCGGCAGCGGCCCGGGGCGCCGCUGGUUCUGGUCGGGACCCAGCUGGACCUGCGGGAGGACGUCCAGGUCCUGAUCCAGCUGGCGCGGCGCGGCGAGCGGCCGCUGGACGCGGAGGACGGCCGGCGCCGGGCCCGGCAGCUCGGCGCCGCCGGCUUCGCCGAGUGCUCCGCCCUGACCCAGCAGAACCUCAAGGACGCCUUCGACGCCGCCAUCCUGGCCGGCGUCCGGCCGCCGGACCGGGACCGGGACCGGGACCGGGACCAGGACCGGGACCAGAGGCUCACCCUGAGGAAGAAGACCCCCGAGAAGAUCCGGAGCCUGUCGGCGGCCUGGUGGACCCGGAUCAGCUGCCUGAACCACCAGAACCACCAGAUCCCCCUGAUCCACCAGAACCACCACAACCACCAGAUCCCCCUGAUCCACCAGAACCACCAGAUCCUCCUGACCCUCCUGACCCACCUGACCCACCAGAACCCCCAGAUCCCCCUGAUCCACCAGAACCCCCAGAACUCUGCUUUUUCCCGGGUUCCUCCCGGUCCCUCCAACAGAGCUGAUCUGAAGCAGAACUCAGACUGA